AUGAAAGUAGUGCUGAGAACGAACGCAGGCAGUUCGAGAAUCUUGGACAUGACGGCAUUGUUGACACUCCCAAACGAGUUCCCAAACGAACUGCUGGCCGGCAUCGCCGAGUAUCUGCAGAAACAAGAUCUCCGCAACGUGCGGCUGACGUCUCGGCUCUGGAGGGAACCGGCGGCGAGAUUCCUACACAACCGGGUUUAUCUUUCCGACCAUCAUCGAGACAUCAAAGUCUUCAGGAAAAUCACCAGCAAUACCGAAUUGCGGAAAUACGCUAGAGAGCUGGUGUUCGACAUGAGCACAUUCAAUGAGGACCUCCUCAAUUUCGCCUGUUUCCUGCAAAUGACGGAUCGGCAUCCACCGAGAUGUGUGCGCGACGACCAAGCACACGGAGGCCACGCCGAUGAUUCUGCUAGAAUCCAGAAUUGGCAUGACAUGACCGCACGCCGAUGCCAAAAUGAUGUUGCUAUGGUCCGCACCCAGCAAAUUGACACUGUCACCGAGUUUUUCCAGUGGUUUGAAAAGCGAGUUCGCCGGCACAUCAACAACCGCCGCACGAACGCAGCAUUCAAGGCCUUUCGGGAAGCAAUCCUAUCAGGGUGGGAGGUCCAGCGGAUCAUCGUCACUAGCUUGCCCGCGGGGCCGGACCACGAGGCCCGUCCUGAUAGGCCAUUUCAGCAACCGGACCGUUCACCGGAAUGGAGGAAAUGGGAGGAUAAUAUGCGGAACACAACGGGGCCGAUCCCCUGGGAAGAGGUCCAGCCGAGAGCAAGCUGGAUGACGUCUGAUCGUCAGCUACCGGAAAUCCUGGAGUUGGGCAACUCGGGUAGUCUUGCUGGGUGGCUGAACCAAACCCCUGGUAUGAGCUGGCAAGAGUGGAGCACCAGGAAUGCAAGUGGUCGGGAACCGAGAUGCUUCCACGCUAAGCCGGUGGGGUCGCCAUACCGGGGACUGUUGACGAUCGUUCAGAUCCUGCACGAGACCAAGAGGCUUGCGUCAAUCUCGGAAUUAUCAGUGAUACCAAACCGACAAUACCAUCCGGCUUGCUGCGAUUGUGGCGAGGGCAUGUCGUCGGCGAUUUUCCUGACGGACGGCCCCGACAUGGUACAACUGCAACAGUUGGCCAAGCACCUCAAGGUUCUUCGCCUGGUUCCUGAGGCGGUGACAGACUUGGACGAAACUCGUUUCGAGUAUCCAGGGUUGCGCAGAUUGCUCCAGCAGGGCAGCAAGGGUUUGGAAGAGCUGUACCUGGGGUUCGUCCACCAUCAAACAUUGUCCGUGGACCGUCAUCUGCUCCGGGGCCUCACUUUCAACAGACUGCGGAAAGUCCAUCUUUUCGACGUUCGUUUCACUGACGUGGAGCUUUUUACGUUCCUGUCCGAUAACCGGCACUGCAUCCGCAAGCUGAUUGUGUGUUACUGCCUCAUGGUGGACGAAAACGGAGCGAUGCUCGAUGGGGACGAUGACACUGAGCCAAUUGAAGCCACGGGAUGGUGGUGGCCAGUGCUGGAUGAGCUUCGGAGCAUGGGGUGCUUUGGAGGGACGGACCUCUACAUCGACUCGGUGAUUCAGCAGCGGGACACAUUGGAAAUGGCAGGGACCCCUGAGCUCGAGGAAGGCAUGUCCAGGUGGAAGACAUGGACUACUGCUGGUGGUGGGUUCCCGUUAGUCGGGGGUUGUCCGAGGCAAGACCCGUCUUUGGCGGGCAUGAUCCCAGCCAACUAUCGGGGCCAGUUGCGGUCAGCAUUGCUAACCCGCCGUGAGUAA